AGGGCCCUAGACUGGAAGUCAGAUGUGACUCUGAUUUGUGGGUUGACCACUUACCUGCCGUCUGCACCGCAUUUUGCCGUCUGUGGUAUGAGCCUGGAGCUGGCUGUGGACACGACACGGACCCUCACCUGCCACCUCUGGCUUUCCGGCCGCCGCCGCCACCAUGCCCAGCUCAGUGCUGUGGGCAGUGGACCUCUUCGGGAGGGUGUACACUCUCUCCACGGCUGGGCAGUACUGGGAGCUCUGCAAGGACACCCAGCUGGAGUUCAAGCGGGUUAGCGCGGCCACACAGUGCUGCUGGGGCAUCGCCUGCGACAACCAGGUCUACGUGUACAUGUGCGCCAGUGAUGUCCCCAUCCGCCGCCAAGAGGAGGCCUAUGAGAAUCAGCGCUGGAACCCUGUGGGCGGCUUCUGUGAGAAGCUCCUGCCGAGUGACCGCUGGCCAUGGAGCGACGUGACUGGGCUCCAGCAUCGGCCGCUGGAGGAGGUGGCCAUGCUCCCCUCGCCGCACUGGGAAUGGGAGUCCGACUGGUACGUGGAUGAGAACUUUGGAGGGGAACCCACGGAGAAAGGGGGGUGGACAUAUGCCAUGGACUUCCCUGCCACCUACACGAGAGACAAGAAGUGGAAUUCCUAUGUGCGGCGGCGGAGGUGGAUCCGGUACAGGAGAUACAAGUCCUGCGACACCUGGGCCAAGAUCCCUUCAAAGGAUGACCCCAAACAGCUGCCAGACCCCUUCAACGACCUCUCUGUGGGGGGGUGGGAGAUCACAGAUGAGCCCAUGGGCCACCUGUCCGUGUGGGCUGUGUCUCUGCAGGGAAAGGUGUGGUACAGAGACGACGUCAGCCACCUCAACCCCGAAGGUUCAUCGUGGUCCCACGUGGACACCCCCGGGGAGGUGGUCCAGAUCAGCUGCGGGCCCCACGACCUCCUGUGGGCCACGCUCUGGGAGGGGCAGGCCUUGGUUCGGGAAGGAAUCAACAGGAACAGCCCCAAAGGAAGUUCCUGGUGCCUAGUGGAGCCUCCCACCCCUGAAAACGGGAUCAUGCACGUGUCCGUGGGAGUGGGCGUGGUCUGGGCUGUCACCAAGGACCACAAAGUGUGGUUCCGCAGAGGCAUCAACUCGCAUAACCCCUGUGGCACCAGCUGGAUCGAGAUGGUUGGAGAGAUGAUGAUGGUGAACGUGGGGCUCAAUGACCAGGUCUGGGGCAUUGGCUGGGAAGACCGGGCCGUGUACUUCCGUCAGGGUGUCACCCCGAGCGAGCUCAGUGGGAAGACGUGGAAAGCCAUCGUCGCCAGCCGGGAGUGCGACCGGUCACACUCGGGCAGCUCCUCGAGCCUCCUCAGUGCUGGCUGCUUCUUCGGCGAUGAGGUGAGGGUCGGUGGUGAUUCCUGUGCACCGAGCGACACGGACGCCUCCUCGGAUGCUGAGAGACCAGGGCCUGAGCAGCCUGACCCUGCAGAGUCGCCUCAAAGUCCCAGCAGCUCCAAGGGCGGCUCUGCCUCAGGCCCAGGCACAGGCACCAGGGAGUCCACAGAGCAUGCUGCAGAGGGUGUCAGCCUGGCCGAUCAGACCCCUGGGUCCGAGCCUCGCCAUGGCCCAGCCGAGCUACCCUGGACCAGUAUUGACCUGAAGGAGCCCAAGAAAGCGGCGCCUAGCCAGUCUGCUCCCAGCUUUCCUGAGACCGCUGGCCUCUCCCCACUGGGGAUGCUCCCACUGGGCUUGGAGGAGCCCUACUGCGCUGAGGACCACCCGCUGUGGGCCGGGGUAUCAGGAGGAGGCUGCGCCGUGGAGGCCCACACAGUGCUCAAGUGGUUCACCGUCCAGUCGGGCCUGUCCUCCUCUGCGCACACGCUGUCCCUGUCCAUGACGCCGGCGCAGACUGCCACCUGGCGGAAGCAGAUCUUCCAGCAGCUGACGGAGAGGACCAAGCGGGAGCUGGAGAACUUCCGGCACUACGAGCAGGCCGUGGAGCAGUCGGUGUGGGUGAAGACAGGGGCCCUGCAGUGGUGGUGCGACUGGAAGCCCCACAAGUGGGUGGACGUCCGCGUGGCCCUGGAGCAGUUCACAGGGCACGACGGGGCUCGGGACAGCAUCCUCUUCAUCUACUACGUGGCCCUCGAGGAGAAGAAGUACCUGCACGUGUUCCUCAAUGAGGUGACAACCCUGGUCCCCGUGCUCAACGAGGCCAAGCACUCCUUUGCCCUGUACACCCCCGAGAGGACUCGGCAGAGGUGGCCAGUGCGUCUGGCCGCCGCCACCGAGCAGGACAUGAACGACUGGCUGGCCCUGCUCAACCUGUCCUGCUGUGAGAGCCGGAGGGUCCUCGGCCGCCCCUCCCUGCAGGCCAUCUGGUCCGUCACCUGCAAGGGAGACAUCUUCGUGAGUGAGCCCAGCCCGGACCUGGAGGCCCCUGAGCACCAGCUGCCCUGUGACCAGAUGUUCUGGCGGCAGAUGGGAGGCCACCUGCGGGUGGUGGAGGCCAGCGGCCAGGGCGUGGUGUGGGGCAUCGGCUACAACGGCACAGCCUGGGUGUACACAGGUGGCUAUGGCGGAGGCUGCUUCCAAGGCCUGGCCAGCAGCACCGGGAACAUCUACCCACAGUCGGACGUGAGGUGCGUCUACAUCUAUGAGAACCAGCGCUGGAACCCCGUCACAGGCUACACCAGCAGGGGUCUGCCCACCGACCGCUACAUGUGGAGCGACGCCUCGGGGCUGCAGGAGUGCACCAAGGCCGGCACGAAGCCUCCCUCCCUGCAGUGGACCUGGGUUUCUGACUGGUCCGUGGACUUCGCCGUCCCUGGGGGCACUGACCAGGAGGGGUGGCAGUACGCCAGCGACUUCCCUUCCUCAUAUCACGGCUACAAAACCAUGAGGGAUUUUGUCAGGAGAAGGUGCUGGGCCAGAAAAUGUAAGCUGGUGACCAGUGGGCCCUGGCUGGAAGUGGCCCCCAUUGGCCUUGGGGAUGUGUCCAUAAUCCCUGAGGGCCCGGGCGCCAACGGGAGUGGACACAGCAUCGCGCUCUGGGCCGUCAGUGACAAGGGGGACGUGCUGUGCCGCCUGGGCGUGUCCGAGCUCAACCCUGCGGGCUCCUCAUGGCUGCAUGUUGGCACCGACCAGCCCUUCGUCUCUGUCUCCAUCGGGGGCAACUACCAGGUGUGGGCCGUGGCCAGGGAUGGCUCUGCCUUCUACAGGGGCUCUGUGUCCCCCUCCCAGCCAGCUGGUGACCGCUGGCACCACAUCCCAUCUCCUUCCAAACAGAGGUUACAGCAGGUGUCUGUGGGCCACACGUCUGUGUACGCGGUGGAUGAGAAUGGGAACCUGUGGUACCGCCAGGGGGUCACGUCCAGCUACCCGCAGGGCUCCAGCUGGGAGCACGUGUCCAACAACGUCCGCCGAGUGUCCGUGGGUCCCCUGGACCAGGUCUGGGUCAUCGCCAACAAAGUCCAGGGGAGCCACAGCCUGAGCCGAGGAACUGUGUGUCACCGCACAGGCGUGCAGCCUCUGGAGCCCAAGGGGCAGGGCUGGGACUAUGGCAUCGGGGGGGGCUGGGACCACAUCUCCAUCCGGGCCAAUGCCACCAGGGCCUCCAAGAGUGCGCCCCAGGAGACAGCUGGGAAGCAGGGCCUCCCCAGCGGGCCCUCGAGCGUGGCCAGUGCCCUGCAGGAGGCCGUGGGCCCCGUCUGCUGCUGAGCCGCCUUCACUGGAGGCAGGGGUACCCAGUUUGAAGGAUUGACGUGGUCCGCGAGCCUUCUCCGGUAGGGAGCCACUCUGCUGAAAUGUGGCUCCCGGCCGCAGCUUGAGGGAGGCUGCCUGAGCUCACGGCCUCCCCGGCACCAGAAACAGCCCAGGAAUGUGAAGCCUUGUGGACAUCUCCACACAUGUCCCUGUCAGCAAGGAGGCACUGGGUGUGGAGCGGGACCCCCCACCCCGGCCUCUCCCCCCUCCUCUGCCUCCUGCCUUUCCAGGACAGGAGCCUAGAGCCUGGAACCUUCCAGGAAGGCUGGCCCCUGAGAAAGCACAGCCCACAAGGAGCCCCCCAAGCCCGGGGCAUCCCAAAAUGGAGAAGCGGCCUGUGCUGGGAUGGUUUCAGAGCGGGACUCCAGAUAGGGUCUAAUUUCCAAAGUCAAGGAAGGAGUUGGCAGGUCAGAAAAAAAUACUGGAGGGGGUCAUCUUCCCCAGGUGGGCAUGGGCCCCACAUGGGUGGACAGAGGACGGAGGGGCCACCCCGUGGCUGGGAGCAGCUGCUGGAGUGCCUCAGCUGGCCCCUCCCAGAUGGGGGGGCAUCUUUGACUUCUGAUCAUGCUGUGGGGAGGAGGGGCUGGAGUGGAGACCCAAACCCAGCCUAGCAGGUAGGAAGGCACCUCCCCAGCGGCCCCCUCCUGUUAUGCGGCUUCUGGGCUGCUUUUUAUCCAGUGACACCCCAUUUGGUGAAGUCUCGAGUUUGCUUCCUACAACCAGACACUUCUGCCCGGGAGCUUCCCUUGCAUGGCAGGAGGGUUCAUUCCUCUUGGGGGUGCCCUCCGGAGGGCCAUUUGAGAGGGCCAGCCGUCUCUGUGUUUGCAGGUGGGACCAGGAGGCAUGAGUCUGGGCACAGGGCCUGACUGGACUGUGUGGGGUGGACGGUCUCUGUUUACAUCCCUUGGUCAGGUUUUCUGCAUGGGCAUUAAGGGUUCAUUCUACAGCAGCCACCUGUCCUUUCGCUGUGACUCUCUGUAGCUGCUCUCACCUUGCCCUUCCUCUAGACACUGUCCUAACUGCUGAGCACAGCUGUUCACCUGCCCAGCACCACUGAACAUCUCUAUUGUUCAAUAAAAACUUACACCGGA